GUGGAAAGGAGAACUCUGCACCUGCUCAGGGGCUCUCUUAUUCUUUCUUACUUGGUGCCUGGCUAAGACUGGGCAUUACAAACUGUUGUUGGGUCACUAUUAUCCUGAUGCAGUUCAGCGCUGCCUCUCAGAAGUAAACUAAAUGCUUGAGUGGGUCAAUAUCGCAAUUCCCUGUAGUCCUGGCAUGCUGAGUUAUUUAGCAUCUCAACACAGAACGAGUGCCCAGAAGUCAGUCCCCACAUUCUCUGAAUAUUUCUGCAUUCAACUCAGCAAUGAAUGGCAGUUGUCUGCACUGGUCUGGUUGUCGUGAGGUUCUUGUCAAAGGCUGCUUCCUCCGAGUUCCAUGGCAACCAACACAUGCCCGCUGGAGCCUGAAUAUAUCUUUUGGCAGCCAGAGCAAAGAGCGAGGGACUGCCCAGCAGUGGCCAAGAGAUUAAUGCCAGCCCUUCAUGGCAUUGGCCAAAGGAAGUUAUUCAGUGGCUGAAAUCUUUCAUUGAAAUUAUGAGCCCUUCAGGGGUGGGCAGUCUAUCAAUCUAAAUAAUAAUAAAAAUAAAAAUUAGAGGUCCGUCACUAGAUUAUCUGGAGGUGUUGUUCACACUGCAUUUAGGGCUGGCUGUGUUUCUUCUUCUGAGGAAAGACUGCAAACUUGGCUUCUAAAAAAGCGUGCUGGGCCAUCCUCAGGAAUCCGAUUAUCUUUGUUUGCCUGUUCCUCUUUAAGACAGCCCAAGCCCCCACCCAACCCCUCAGUUCUAAUUAUACAGUUUGUGGUCUGUACUGCUGUGUAUCGGAUGCUGUGGGUUGGAUCCCACUGUGUUAACUUUGCAUCAUUUAAUGUGGCCAGUUAACACUUAACGCUUCACUUCAGCUCUGUUGUACCAGACUUCUGGUUGGAGCUGCAACCCAAAUCCUUUUUCACUGUUUAUUGAAUCCCUCGGAUUGUAUUGACUCGCUCUGUGUGGUCCAUGUUGACUCCGAAGCGCUAUAAAUGAUGCAAUUAAAUAAAUUGGUAUUUUGUAGAGUUUUUAUUAAGCAGGUAUGUAGUAUUAUCUAUCCUAGGCCUAUAAAAAGUAGCAGCAUCCAAUUUUAAAACUGGAAGGGCUGUGCCUUCAGGCUUUUUCUGUCUCUGUUCUCUUCUCAUAAUCCAGGAGUGCUUCGUCAUUCGGGAAAUCUUCCAGCCCCUCACCCAGUACAGCAGUUUUAGUCUAUCAGCCCUUCCCCAGUUACUACUGCCUUAUCUAGAGGAUAAUUCAGAACCACGCUUUUAGAAGGAAUUUUAAGGGGAUGAUAUUUUAGCUUCAAGUUCAACUCUGGUUCGAAGGCAUAAUCAAGAGAUCCCUCUGAGCAUGUGCAGAGUGCAUUCCCCUUCCAGAAUGUGCAGGCACAUACACACUCCAGUUCCUUGCAUCCCCUGGACAGAACUGUUGUUUUAGAAAUUAAGAAGGGGCUUGGGUCUUUGCUUUCUAGCCUGCAUGUUCUCUCUCGAAGCAAGAGGUAGAAGAUGGACCUGGAACAGUUGGAGAAGCUGCGUCUUAUGAACCAAGAUCUCCUGAAGAGGCUAAAAGCAAACCAAGAAGAAUUUAAAAAGCAGCAGAUGGGAAAAUCUUUCCUCCCAGCCCUGCAAGCAAAAAGACAGCCUCAUGAGAAAAGGCGGGCCCAGGAUCCCCAAACAGAGAAAGAGAAACAAGGCCAGAGUCCUGAAGAGUUAACAAGCAUUGCGAUGAGGGCAUCCGGAGAAGCCGGACCCCAAGUGGCCAGAAUUGACCUUGGGUCCCCUUCGAAACCCAUCACUUCCCACAAGGAGAAGGAGGGAGAAACACCACAUCAAGGGGAUCAAGAUUCCCACGGGGCUGAGAAGACCACUGUGCUGUUAGCAACAGAUGGAGAAUCUGCCCGAGCGGCUGUGAAAAGAUGUGACUGCGCAAGAGACCCAGAAAGGAAAUCCAUUCCUUUGAGCCCAACAGAUGCUGAAACACACCUGGCUCAUCUGCAAAGGUCGAGGGACGGAGUGGAGCCGAGCCAGGUGCGAGCCAAAGGGAGCCAUGGACCCACGGUGUCGGCUCGGCUGCUAAAGGCUCCCAAAUCGAUCCUGCUCACACCACAACGCAAGGAAACCCAAGAGAAAAUGAAGGAGGCUGGGCGUGUGAUGUUUGUGUCUGACCCCGAAGAAUACACUCUCCCUGCAGACGAGUGGUCGGUUCGGCCUUUUCUGGGGUACGACUGGAUUGCAGGGUUACUAGACGUGGAUUCUUCAGUGUCAGAGAAACCAGAGCAGUAUUUUUCUGAGCUGCAGGACUUCCGGCGGGUGAACAAAGAAGCUUGCAUCUAUGAUGGAGUCUUUCGGUCAGAGGCUCUGGGCUCCUGGAUUCUCGAUCAAGAAUCAGAGACGGAAUCGACUUCCCACCAGUGCAUUUUCUGCUACCGCUUGAACAAGCGCCUCUUUGCCAUGCCUGUGGGUUCAGAGUCUGCCUGUCCCAUUUGCAAAACCCCCAGGACUCAGCAGCAUCUCGAGACUCUGGUGGAACCAGCAUUUGUCAGGGUCAGCAUCCCACGCUCUACCCUCCUCCCAGCAUACAAGCACAAAAUCCAUCGCAGGAAAAGCUACGAGCCGGCAGACGACCUGGCAUUGCCCUCGCACUGCCUGGCCGGCUGGGAGAACCCCAUCCAAGCUUUCAGCCCUACCUUAAGCAGCCUCGACCUCCGCAGUACCCUGGCUGCCGAGUCUUCUGGCCAUUUCGACUGGAAUUUGGUGUCUAGAGUAUCAGGGGGAACCAAGACCGAUGACCUCCUCAACGUUUCUCGUGUGACAGCAUUCGAACUCAGCAGCCUGUCUCGUCGGUGGCGUCACCGGAAGCGGCCUGGCCUCUCGUCACCUUCCAAUUAAAGUAAUUUCAUCACCACCAGCUGCCAAUUGAGGAUCAGCGAGUCUGGAAUUCAGGAAACUCAAAACAGAACAGCCUGCAUACCCACCUCCCAGCAAAGCACAGUUCAAGAAAAUAUGGGAUUGGAAACAGAAAUCUCCAAGGCAUUCACAGACACAAUUUAAAAGAGCGUUUUUUUCCCCCCAAAUUGUACUUGAAUGGGGAGGAGAUUUUUAAAUGUUUUUGAAUAAAAAUUGUUUUGCUUA